AGGCAACGUUCGGGAUCGAGGUGGGGUGAGACUACUUCUACGUCUACAUCCGCAUACAUUUUGUUACAACUCCUCUCUUUUGUUUUGCAUUUUCAAUUGAUACGCUGUAAAAUAUGUUUAAGCCAGUGUGCCGACAUGCCGCAAGGCAAUUGACGUCCACAAACCGUGCUGCAAUUGCAGGAAGACGCCACUUGCACACACCAGUAUCCUUCGACUGGAAGGACCCCCUCAACGUUGCCAACAAUUACACUGAAGAAGAACUCGCAAUUGCCGAGACGGCAGAGUCGUACUGUCAAGAACGCAUGCUACCGAGGGUGCUGGAUGCCUAUCGGAAUGAGAACUUUGACAGGAAGAUAAUUGAGGAAAUGGGAGAACUAGGUCUCCUGGGAGCCACCAUCCAAGGCUACGAAUGUGCCGGUGUCAGCAGCGUCGCAUCUGGACUAAUCACGCGAGCAGUCGAGAGAGUCGAUUCAGGGUACCGGUCCGGCUACUCGGUGCAGAGCGCGCUUGCCAUGGGCGGAAUUGAAGAAUUUGGAACCGAAGAGCUCAAGGAGAGGCUUCUGCCGAAGAUGGCUAAGGGCAAGCUUCUCGGAUGCUUUGGGUUGACAGAACCAAAUCACGGCUCCGACCCUGGAUCAAUGGAGACUGUGGCGAAGCCGCACCCGUCCAAGAAGGGCGUCUAUCUGCUCUCAGGAUCAAAGACGUGGAUCACAAACUCGCCCAUAGCCGACGUGCUUCUUGUGUGGGCGAAAUUGGAAAGCACUGGAAAAAUCCGCGGGUUCGUGAUCGAGCGUGACCAGUGCCCUCCUGGAACUCUCGAGACACCAGCAAUCAAGAACAAGAACGGCCUGAGAGCUUCUCUUACUGGAAUGAUCCACUUGGAUGCCUGUCCCGUGAACGAGGCCAACAUGUUCCCAGAAGUAGAAGGCCUCCGAGGUCCUUUCAGCUGUCUGAACUCUGCGAGAUAUGGCAUUGCCUGGGGAACCAUCGGCGCCCUCGAGGACUGCAUCUCCAGAACAAGAACGUACGCGCUUGAGCGGAAGCAGUUCAAGGGCAACCCAAUCGCGAAGUACCAGCUCGUGCAGAAGAAGCUGGCCGAUGCUACGACGGACGCGGCAUACGGUAUCCUUGCAGCCUACCAAGUUGGACGGUUGAAGGACGAGGGCAAGGCAGCACCCGAGAUGAUCUCCAUGAUCAAGCGCCAAAAUUGCGACCGAGCAUUGAUCAAUGCACGAACGCUGCAGGAAGUGUUCGGUGGCAACGCUGUGAGCGACGAGUACGGCAUCGGCAGACACGUGGCGAAUCUCUUCGUGACCCAGACGUACGAAGGACAAAGUGACAUCCACUCCUUGAUUCUAGGCAGGGCUAUCACGGGGAUCCAAGCAUUUUGCUGAACGUUGAGGCCCGCGCGUACUAUGUAUACUGGUCAAUGAUAGCUGCAGAGGUUCGGUUGUGUAGCCAUAGCACGUAGCCCCAAGCGUUGGCUUGCAGCUGUCGUGGACAGUGGACGCAUGUCAUGCAUGCAAAGGCGUGAUAGAAAUAGGAAAUGGUGCAUGCGAGUCGACUCGUCUCAUGGUUUC